AUGCGUGCCUUCAGCGUUUUCUUAGUAGUAGUGAUUUUCGUGGCGAUACUGGUCGGCACUAACGGUAAUUCCGUCGGCGAUAAUGCUGUGCUCACUUUAGAGRCRGCCGAAGAACCGUUAACUUUGUUUGAUGUCGACGCYCAGCAAGGACAUGAGAACGAWGGCGAUCGCUUGGCGCGGGGSUACGGUGGCUACCGUGGUGGUUAUGRUGGUUAUCGUGGCGGURAUGGUGGAUAUCGUGGYGGAUAUGGUGGAUACCGCGGUGGAUUUGGUGRAUACGGCGGUCGUCGUGGUGGUUAUUAUGGUUAA